AUGGGAACCUGCACAGAAUUAAAUUAUUUAAUCAGGCAAAUCAGCUGGUCUGGGGUUUCAUUGAAUGCCAGCCACAAAGCAUUACGUUUUAUUAUAUUUUAUUGUGAAUGGAAAACUAGUCAUGUUGUAGUUUUUUUAAUGAUGAAAUUUCAAAUUGUGUUCGCUCUUUUCGCAAUCUUCGUUACAAUUGCUUAUGCCGUACCACUUCCCGAUGAAGAAGAGACACCAAAAGUACCAGAAAAGGUUGAACCAGCAGCUGUAGUUGAGCCUGAAGUUGCUGCUGAGCCACAAGCUAAAGCUGCCGCUGUAGAAGAAGAAGAUGAUGAAAUGAAGAGAGAGAAGAAAUCCGAAGAAACUGUCACGACACUUCCCGAAGAACAAGCAAAAUUAGUUGUAGCUGAAGAAGAGAAACCAGCACCAGCUGAACCUGUGGUAGAAGAGAAGCCACUUGAGAAGAAAUUGGUGAAAGAAGAAGCUCCAAAAGAACAAGAAUUGAAAGAUGCCCCAGUUGCAGCCCCAGUUGCAGCUCCAGUUGCAGUCGUUGAAGAACAACAACGUAACAUUCGUGAUGCUGAAGAGAAAGUUGUUGAUGAAGCAACCACCCCUGCACAAGAAGCUAGAAAUGCAUCAUCAAGCUCUGAGGAAGAUUCUCCAUCAACUCCAGCCAACGAAGAAAAACAAUUAAAAGCUGCCGAUGAGAGCAAGGAAAGCGACGAAUCGAAAUCAAAUGAAAGUGAAGAGUCAAAAGAAGAAAAGAAAGAGUAAAUGACCAUCCACCCACUCACACACACACAGAAUUGAUUUCCCCUUUAAAUUAAAGUAUUUUUCUUUGAAAGAUUUUGAUCCAAGUUUGAAUUAUUUUUGAAAUUCAUGAAAAGAAAUAAAAUGGAAAUAAAGAGAAAUAAAAAUUCUCACAAAUUAGACUGAUUGAUGUUCACUGAAUUGCUAAUUCUUGUUAUCAUUCAUCUGGCGUCGAACAUAACAGAAAUAAAGGAGAAUCUUAAAAAACGAA